AUGCGGGCCUUUGAUCCCGAUGAGCACCGCCUCCAAGGACUUGUGGCCUCUCGAAUUGAGGCCUAUGGAGGCCGAUCUGGGGCUGCAGCCCAGAGCCCCAACCGAAGCCUCUCUCCGGAGGAAGGAAGCCCCACACAGGACCCCAGCCACCGCCGUCGCCGCCCACCAUAUGCCUUUGUCAAGGGGCCCAACCAGGCCCGAAGUAGUCCUCACAUGAAAGCUCGGGAACCAGAGCCCGAUAAGCGUCCAGGAGGCCAUUUAGGCAAUGGCCCCCCACAUACCCCCAAAUCCAAGGAGGUGCUCAAGGUGCACAACCUGGAGCGGCGACUGCACACGUUCAGCAUGUUCGGGAUGCCACGCCUGCCCCCUGAGGACCGGCGGCACUGGGAGAUCGGAGAGGGCGGCGACAGCGGCCUCAACAUCGAGAAGUCCUGGAAGGAGCUGGUGCCUGAACACAAGGACAUGAGCCGAGAUCUCUGCCACCAACAAGAGGCCCUCUGGGAGCUGCUCACCACCGAGCUCAUCUACGUACGGAAGCUCAAGAUCAUGACAGAUCUCUUGGUCAGCGGCCUGCUGAACCUACAGCGAGUGGGACUGCUGACGGAAGUGUCAGCUGAGACUCUUUUUGGAAAUAUCCCCAGCCUGAUUCGAGUCCACCGGAGCUUUUGGGAGGAGGUGCUGGGACCCAUGCUUGAGGAGACUCGGGCCUCGAGCCGGCCCCUGGACCCUAUCCGCCUGCAAGAUGGUUUCUUGACGUUCAGCCAGCGGUUCCAGCCCUACGUGCCGUACAGCCUACAAGUGAAGCAGACCAUGGCUUAUGCCCGGGAGCAGCAAGAGAACAACCAGUUCUUCCAAACCUUCGUGCAGUGGUGUGAGAAGCACAAGCGCUCCGGGAGACAGUCUUUGGGGGACCUACUCAUCAAGCCCCACCAGCGCAUCACCAAGUAUCCCUUGCUGCUCCAAGCUGUGCUCAAAAGGAGCCCCAAACAACAGACCCGGGAGGCCCUGACUAACAUGAUAGCGUCUGUGGAGUCCUUCCUACACCACAUCAACCAGCAAAUCCGCCAGGAUGAAGAGCAGGAGAGCUUAGCGGCUGUGGCUCAACGGAUCGGGCCCUAUGAGGUGCUGGAGCCUUCCAAUGAGGAGGUGGAGAAGAACCUGCGGCCCUUUUCCAAGCUGGACCUAAUGAUCCCCAUGAUGGGCGUGGCCCCAGAGCACACCAGGCAGCUGCUGUUGGAGGGACCUGUGCGAAUGAAGGAGGGCCGGGAAGGGAAGAUGGACGCGUACCUGUUCCUCUUUUCUGAUGUGCUCCUGGUGACCAAGCCCCAGCGCAAAGCCGACAAAGCCAAGGUCAUCCGUGCGCCCUUCAUGCUGGAGAAACUGGUGUGUCAACAGCUCCGAGACCCGAACAGCUUCCUGGCCAUCUACCUGACUGACUUCCAGUGCGUAUCCAGUGCCUUCACUGUGUACUGCCCCAGUGCUGCUGACUGCUUGCAAUGGCUGCAGAAGACACAACUGGCUCAGAUCUCCCUGCAAAAGCUGAAAGCAGAAGAGUACGUCCAACAGAAGAGGGGGCUCCUGGCCCUCUACCGGGACCAGGAGCAAGAGUCUCCGGGCACCCGGCCCUCCACGCCCUCCCUGGAUGGUUCUCAGAACAGUGUGGAAGGCAGGUCUCCUGAGUUCUCAACCGUCAUCCCCCAGCUGGUGGUGACGGAGAACCUGGAUGAAGAUGCCCCCUCCGGCCACGAUGACACCUCGGACUCUGGCUAUGGCACUCUCGUCCCAGAUUCCCCCAGAGGCUCCCGCUUCGCCCUGAGUCGCCUGCGCCCCAGAGCCUUACGGCGGGACCCUCGUCUCAGUUUCUCCACGCUGGACCUGAGGGACAUCCCCCUGCGUCCGCAGCCCCUGGACUCCCAAUCACCCCAACACCGCAGCUUCCCAGAAACUGCCAGAGGAUGAUCUCCUCCCCGAGGGGGAGGCAGUCUCCCCCGGGGGUUGGUUCCAUCCUGGGCAGAGGAUGAGUUUGAGACUGCCGGCACCACCACCGGGAAUGUAGUGGUGGAGACACUGCACCGGGCCAGGCUUCGAAGCCAGCUCCCCACAUCCCCAAGUUACACCGACUCUGCAGGGGAGAGCCCCUGGGAAAUGUCCGGGGAGGAAGAAGAAGAAGAGGGGCUGCCACUGUUCCCCCGGCCCCUGCACACUGAGGAAGUGCUUCGAGAGAUCCGGGAGGAACUGGCCAGACAGAGGAUCGAUGGCCUUCCGGAGCCCAGAGACGGCAGGCCCCGAAAACUGACGCGGGCUCAACUCUACAGGAUGCGGGGACCUCGGGUCAUACAGCUGGACACCCCCCCUGUCCACCUCGUAAGUACUGCAGAGAAGGAGCUGCUGUCCAAGGUGAACAGGGAACGCGGGGCCGGUUAUUUUGCAGGUGUGGGCGUGGCCUCUCCGGGAUGGGCGUGGCCUCGUUGGUGGGCGUGGCCACACUGGGCCUCGCGGGGCGGGCAGGAUCUCAUCGGGAGUGGGCGUGGCCUCGUUAGGUGGAUGGGUUUGAUCGGUGUGGGCGUGGCCUCACAGGAUGCCCCUCUCACCGGUGAGGGCGUGGCCUCCUUGAUGUGGGCGUGGUCUCAUCGAAGCGGGCGUGUCUUCGUUGAUGUGGGCGGGGGCAUCGCUGGGCAGACGGACCUCGCCGGGUUGGACAGGGCCUCGCCAUGA